CUGCGCGCACGGCCCCAGCGGAGCCCCCGCCGCCGCGGCCCGCUCCCUGCCCCCAUGAUGGACAGGAACUACCCGCCGGCUCCCAGCUUCGCCGACCCCCUGGCCCCGGCCGCCGCGCAGCCCGCCGCCGCCUGGGCCUACGAGCGCGGCGCCGGCAGCCUCAAGCCCAGCUUAAGCUAUGGAGGAGGACAUCCAUCACAUUCAGAAACAGAACUUCUUCACAGACAGACAUAUACAGCUUCUCAUCAGCUUCCUGGAUACUCUACUACACACCAUCCUACUGGUCUUUCAGGAAUAUUUGAUAGCAGUAUGCACAGUGCUGGAAGUAACACUAAGGAAUCUUCAGUUAUGAAUUUUCUUUCUGCAAUCGAGUCUCGUACUGCUCAGGCAGCCUCUUCAGGAUCUACACUUUUACCACAAUUCAGGGCUCCUUCCUGGCAGACAGGUAUGCAUUCUUCAACAGCCACAGAACUGUUUGUUACUGGAGCAUUGCCAACCUCUGGAACAUUUCCACCAACAUCUGCUUUAUCUGCUUAUCAACAUCCCAACACUUUCAGCAAUAGAAACUUUGCUACUGCUCCAUCUCUUACUCUUCAAGAUACUACUUUCAGUGCUACAUCAAAUGGACUCUUAACUACCCACGAUCCCUUAUUACAAAUUAAAACAUCACAAGGUACUGUUCCAACUGCUUUGACAUUUGAGCGCCUAGGCAGUUCUGUUUUAAGUACCAGUAUACCACCUCAGUCAUCAACUUACCGUUCUGCUCAAGAAUCUGCACCUCAUCUUCUGCAGCCUCAGUUUAGUUUAUUGUCUUCAACUCUUGGAGGAGCUCAGCAGGUUUCUCAGGCAUACAGCACAUCUGUCUUUACUGGUUCCACUGCUUCUAUUGACAGAGCACUUCAGCGAGAAUGUAGUGUUAUUAAACACCAUCAGCGGCCUUCAAGUACUCAGUCUGUUCAGGCUCAACUGACUGUUUCACAGCAUUCCUUACACAGCUAUUUAACGAGUACGAGUGGAGUUAAUUUUCAGGAUACAUCUAGGCACUCAGCAUUAUCCUGUAGUCCAGUUGGAGAUGUUACUCAGGUGAGCAAUGGAGGACCACUGCAGAAGACUUCUCAAGUCACAGUGGAACUUGCUCAGUCUUACACAUCUGCAAUUCCAUCACCUGGUUUUCCAUCUGCUUCCACAACGAAAGUGAAAAACUGUUCCACGAAGCAGCCUCCAAGGUCAACAAAGACCCCCAAACCUCAAUCUAUAGCUCCCACUGUGCAGACACAAAGCUAUCCCAAAACUGCACAAAACCAGAGUUCUGUAAUUACAGGCCAACCACAGAUCUAUUCCACAGCUCAGCUCCCCAGUCUCUUAUCAGUCAGCCAAUCCCAAAACUAUGUUUCAUCCCAGGCUCAGAAUGUGCCCCCUGUCAGUCACUCACAGGAUUUCUCAUCUAGCAAGGUUGAGAAGCUGCCCUCAUUGUAUAAAACAUUGACUUUUUCUGGGCAAUCACAGACUAUUACUUCUGACAGUCAAACGCUAAGUUACUCUGCAGAUCCACAGGUAUUGACUUCGGUUCCAAAUGAGAACUACUCUAGUCAAACAAGGGAACUUUCUUCAGUCAGCCAAUCUCAGAGCUAUUCUUCUAGUCACUCUCAGGGUUUAUCUCCAGUUAGCCAAUCCCAAGUUAGUUUUUCAUCUCAGUCACAAGUUUUGUCGUCUGUUAGUCCUUCAGAAAGCUAUUCUUCAGGGCAAUCUUUAACGUUAACAUCGUCUUCGCUUCCCUUUUCUGCCUCUCCUCGGAUUCAGACUCUUCCAGCCUCAAGUCCUAAUCAGAACUUUAUUUCUUUGCAUUCUUCUCAGAACUCUCAGACACAAGAAUCCUCCUCUCCACAGUCUCAAAAAUUUCUGCCAUCUGUCCAGUCUCCUCCUUUUGUAUCCCCCGCUCAUUCACAGACGUUGCAGAACAAUAGGCCUUCCUCAGAAGCAAAAUCAUAUGUUAAAAGGAAGUCUGACUCUAAUUUAUAUGCUUCAUCAAAACAAGAGGAAGAAUUAUCAAUGCAGGAUAUGCAAGCAUUGCAACAGCAAGCUUCUCUUGAAUCUUCUACCCAAAGGCUAACUGAUGAUGAAAUCAAUGCUCAGGAUGCAUCUUACAGAGUCUCAAAAGCAGAUGACAGAUACUCUCAAAGUGUAAUCAGAAGUAACUCUCGUCUUGAAGAUCAAGUUGUUGGACUUACUCUUCAAGGAUCAAAAAAAGAUGAAAGAAUGGUUAAUUCUGUGGAACAGCUUUCCCAACAUAUUGGCCAUAUCACUAGUAUAAGCCAUGAUAUAAAAAAGGCAGCUAAUCUAAUGCAAGCAACACAAGUAAAUGUGAGUGCUAAAGAACUAAACCAGCAACAUUCUCUCAUGCGUAAGGUGCAUGAAAGUAAAGCUCAAGAACAGCAAGGGCAAGUCAUUAGUACGCCACCACAAGUUCAGCCUCAUACUUUAAGACAUCAGCUGUGUUUGUCUAGUGCACAGGUACUUCUAGAGUCUGCUUGUGACUUACAGAUUCUUCAUCAGUCAAUUCUGCAGUCAGGUUUAGGACACGCAAAGGUAUCACCCCAAGUGCAAAGAAUACAGAGUCCUCAGCAGGUGACACAUCCAUUCCUUCAAAUGGAUGGUCAUGUUAUUCAAAGUAAUGGGGGCCAUUCUCAGCAACAGCUUCAUACUCAGAAUUCAGAAGUAAUGAAAAUGGACAUUUCUGAGUCCUCAAAACCGCUACAGCAACAUCUAACAACAAAAGAUCAUUUUACUCAAACAAAUCAACAUGAUUCAAAAAAUCAGUUUGUUUCUCUUAGUUCAAUAUGUUUCCCAGAAACUAUGCUUCUCAGUGAUGAGAGGAAUAUAUUGUCAAAUGUAGAUGAUAUCUUAGCAGCAACAGCAGCAGCCUGUGGGGUGACUCCAUCUGACUUUGCCAAAUCAACAUCUAAUGAAGAAGAAAUCCAGUCUGUUGAAAACAGCGAGGAUUCUAAAACUCAGUUUCAAUCAAUGGAUGUAAGACAUGUGUCUUCUGGUUUCAGUGCCUCACCUACUGUAGUUGGAAAGCCACCAAGCAUAAAUAAUAUUUCACUGAAUGGAGGCCAAAUUACUAUAAACCUUACACCAGUGUCAACAAUACAGACAAAAACUGUGAACCUUGGUCAACAACGUAUUGAAACUUCUGAUCAAAAUGUGCCGACGAGAAUGACCUCUCCCACCCUUGGCCCUAGUCAAGAGGAGCAAGAACAAGGGGUUAUUCCAGUUAAGAAACAAUCUAGCAUUAGUCAUGAAUCUGAAGAAGAUAACAACGUUCCUGUUGAUGGUACACUGAAUGCAAGAGAGACAGACUUUGUUUCAAGUGGUAAAAGUCUAAGUGAAGAAAGUGCUGCGUCAGAAAAUGACUUUAAUAUGGGUGGUGAUGAUGGUGCAGUAGCAGGUAGCCAGUCGAAAGGUCCAUUGCAACCAAUAGCUGUUCCCCAAAGUGGUGAGGGAACCAUUAGCAGAACUGAAGAGGAAUGCCAAGACAUAACUGCAGGGAAUCUUCAGAAGAAAAAAAGCAAAGGAAAAAGCCAAAACAAAAAUGCUGCAGAAGAUGACAGUGCAAUUCAGAAACAGAUAAAAAGAAGUGGGCAAUGUAAACGACAAAAUUCAAGAGGAAAUGAUUCAUGUUUGACAUAUGCUUCUCCUGUUUCUGAAAGUUGUUAUGAUACUUACCAGCAUCAAGAAAGAAUGAGGCAAAAAAUCAAAGAAGUUGAAGAAAAACAACCUGAAGUCAAAACAGGAUUUAUUGCAUCUUUUUUAGACUUUCUAAAGUCAGGGCCUAGGCAACAGUUUUCAGCUCCAGCUGUACGAAUGCCGAACAGGACUAGGCGACCAGUUACUCAAAUAGUUCGUGCCCCUUGCCUACAGUCAUCUUUAAAGCCUCAGCCAGAAGCAGCACCUGUAGCUUUGGAGGUUAGUGGAGAAAGUCCAACUAAAAAAGUUGAUGAAGAACUUAAGAAAAAUUUAGAAACAUUGCCUUCAUUUUCUUCUGAUGAAGAUGAUUCAGUGGGAGGUAACAAUGAUCUUCAGAAGAGCAUUUCCACUGCAUUGUCAGCUUUGGAUGAUGCUUCUGACAGAAAGAAUAGAUCAGAAGCUGAAAAAGUGGCAGUUGUUACUGCCGCUGCUGCCGCCGCUGCUGCUGUAAUAAAGCAGGAAUUUCCACAGACAACUGCUCCUGUAGUCAAUGUGCAGGAGAAAAUGAGCUCAGCUGAUCCCCUAAAAGUAGCUCAACAGGAUGCUGUGACUUCAGACCAGUUAGCGAAAAUACAGGCAACUGUUGCAAUAGAAGGAUGUACUGAUGAGGAGAAUACGGACAGUGGAGGAGAAGGCAUGUACAGAGAACGUGAUGAAUUUGUAGUGAAGAUUGAAGACAUAGAUACACUGAAGGCUGCUUUACAAACAGGAAAAGAGCCUCCAGCUAUUUGGAAAGUGCAGAAGGCUUUGUUGCAAAAGUUUGUUCCUGAAGUGCGAGAUGGACAGAGAGAGUUUGCUGCUACUAACAGUUAUCUUGGGUAUUUUGGGGAUGCAAAAACAAAAUACAAACGGGUAUAUGUGAAGUUCAUUGAAAAUGCAAACAAAAAGGAAUAUGUCAGAGUAUGUUCAAAAAAGCCACGAAGCAAGCCCGUACAGUCAGCAAGGACUAUUCAUUGUAAACCUAGCAGCAGCAGCAACAAAACCCCUGAUCCUCCAACACCAAAACCAACGGCAACAAAAAUCUCUUCUGGGAAACCCAAAGCUAAACAGCCAAAGAUAAAGGCUGAACCACCACCAAAGAAAAGGAAAAAAUGGAAAGAGGAAUUUUCAUCUUCCCAGUCCGAUUCUUCUCCUGAGGCCCAGAGUGAUGAUGAUGAGCUUGUACCUCCAGCUCCCUUUGUUACUCGCUUUUUGAAUACAAGAGCUAUGAAAGAGACUUUUAAGAGCUAUAUGGAGUUGCUUGUUAGCAUUGCCUUGGAUCCAGACACAAUGCAAGCCUUGGAAAAGAGCAAUGAUGAGCUACUUUUGCCUCACAUGAGAAAAAUUGAUGGCAUGCUAAAUGACAAUAGGAAAAGGCUGCUUUCCAAAUUACGCUUGGAUCAUACUUUCAAGAAUGCUUUGGAAAACUUUCCUGAACUAACAGUAAUCACGCGGGAUUCUAAAACGAAAACUGGGGGAACGUCUGUGUCUAAGAUCAAAAUGAAUGGUAAAACUUACAACAAAAAAACACUGAGGGCUUCUAAAUCAACCACUAAGUUAGCACAGGAAUUUACUGUAGAUCCAGAAAAAAUACAAUUGUAUUCUUUGUAUCACUCACUCCAUCAUUAUAAAUAUCACAUAUAUUUGACAUGUAAAGAGGAGAUUUCUUCUGUUCAGAAAAAGAGUGCAGAUCUAGGACAGGAAGAGAUUGUGCAGCUGUGCAUGAAAAAUAUAAAAUGGGUGGAGGAUCUUUUUGAAAAGUUUGGUGAACUUUUGAAUCGUGCCCAGCAGAAAUGCUCAUAACAAAAAUGUUUCCCAAAUCUCACAUUUUUCUAUGGCACUAACCUGAGGGAACAGAAAGCUCAGAGAAAGGCUCUGAUUUCUUUUACAAUGCCAGACUGUGUUCUUGUUCAUAGGCAUUUUUAUUUCUCUUUAUGGAACUUGUGCCUUGGCUUUUGCUAAGGAAAAGUGAUGCUGCCAAGGAAAUCAGUCCUUUAGAGAUGGAACUAAACAACCUAACCACAUUUUUAACCUGAAGAAUUAUUUUCUAUUUUGUAAACUGUUGGAUAACUUAGUUUUAUUUUCAGAAAUGUUUUUGACAAAUGAUAAAGCAUGCACUACAUAUACUUUUUUCUUUAUUGCUAAGAAGAAAACAACACUUAAAAUACUACAGAUUUUUUCCAUCUUUGACUAAGCAACAGGAAAAAGUCAAUGUUGGGGUGAACUAAUUUUCACAUAUGUCUGGCCACCAAAUUUAGAGUAUUGUACAUUUCAUGAACAGAGCCGGAGUGACAUCAGUUCCUGCAUACAUAUAUUGUCAUCCUAAAAAACAGCAAUGUCAUUAUGCUUUAUGGACUCUUUUUACUAUUGUCAUGUUCAGGAGACUGAACAUGGAGUUGGUGCAAUCCUAUGACUGCUUUUUGUGUCAAAGUAUAUUGUAAUGAAAGACAAUGACCUUAACUAUUUUCCUUGUUUUGAAGAAAAAAAAUAUUUUCCUUUAUACUGUGUUUUUUUUCUUUUGGAAAAAAAAUCCAAUUGUACAUUUUAUCUCACUAAUAGUUGUAUUUUUCACAGAGAAAAUAUUGUGGUUAAAAUUGUUUCAUGUAUCUUUGUAAUACACUUUCCAUUGUUUUCAGUAAAUCCUAUUCAUUUAUAUGUUGAUUUCAUAUUGUAAACUAUAUAUCUCAAGGUAACCCUUUUGUUUAUACAGGUUUGCUUCAGUGUUAACCAGAAUAAUGCAUACUAGACUAGUUUUGCUUUAAGUGUAGUUGUGUUAGACACUGCAAUUAUUUUCCGAUAUGUGAAAAUAAAUUUCUUACUAAACUAGCACUUGAUUAACUGAGAGUUUAAAUAAGGAGCUACUACACUUUAUCUUCGUCAACAAAGAUUGAUGAUUGAAUAGACUAUAUGCAGUGUUAAACACAGCUUACAUAGUUGUUUGUAGAACUGGCAGUUGCAGAGCUGUUCUCUUCUUGGUGCCUUUCGAGUCUUCAAACAUCUUUUUGUAGCUUUUUUUUUCCUUCAAUUUGUUAACAGUAGUGCCACUAGUCACACUCAGACAAUGAAUGUAAUGGGCUCUAAUCAGGAGAACAUUUUCUUUAAAUUUGCCAACAGAAUGCCUUACUGAGUCAUUCAGAAUGGAGAUAUAAUCUACUGGGGUCCUAAAAAAAUGGUAGGCAUGUUAUUCUUUCUUCAGAUAAUGUAGACAAAAAAAUCAUUCCUUUAUCCUUUCACUGCCACUUAGUGCCUUAAUUUCAGCCAAGAAAGCAGGGUUCACUAUUCAUUGGCCAAAUGAAAUAAUCUUCAUUGCCACAUGACCUAUUUUCCCAUUUUCUGUUUUGAUCGUAUUUAGUUGCUGAAUAUUCAUUAGACUGUAGAACUUCGAAACGUUUAAUGAAUAGAUGUGAAAAUGAAAUGAUUUGAUCUUCAGUAAUAAAAUAGAGGUUUGAAAAUUAAAAUAUGUACAGAAUUUUAGCUGGUUAGUUUUAGAACCUUGUAGGAUAUUUACCAUAUUUCCAAAGGUUUUUAUCUUUUAAAAGCAAUAAUUGUCUUUUAAAAUUUGUACACAACUGCAGUGAAUGGACUGAGUCAAGAACAGAAAUGAGUAUGUGCCCCUGCCUUUUUUAAAGCCUCUUCAAAGCCUUUUUGCUUUAAAAAGGGACUUCACUAUCAUAUUAAUAUAUUCUUUGUGCUACUGCUAUGUCUGCUAUAAUCAAGAGGAGUGAUAUGGGUUUUGCUUUAGGAACACCAUGCCGAAUGUUGUUAACAAUCGUGAAGCUAGUUCAUUUUAACAGUGAAAAGAAAGAUAUAGGGUGGAAGAGUUGUCAUUGUUUCAGUCAUUCUGUGUUAAAUCUGGCAGGAGCUUAAGUUUAUGUGGUGAACCCAAGCAGCAAAGUUACCAGCAUUGAUAGUGAUCAGUUGAAAUCAUUUUAAUGUGACUGUGCACACUGGAGGCGUAAUAGAAAUGUGCCUGGUGUGCUAUUUGAUCUCUAGUAGGGGUUCCAAAUUUGAAUAUAUUCCCUUACUGGCUGGGGUGGUUGGCAGCAGUAGUUCUUGGCUGUGUGGAUUCCUGAGAGGUGUUUAAUUGCUCAGGCAGAAUUCAGUUGUCACAUUACAGCACUGUGCACAACACUGGGAGCUCCUGAUCUGUAGUUUUAAAAAUGAUUAGGAUGCAGACUGAAAGAGUAAGAAAGUUGGCUCCUUGAUUGUAUGGUAAAGAACUCACCGGGCUUUGUGUCUCCCUUCCUAAUAUGACUGUGAAGUAACUCACUGAGAGAGGUUUCUAAGCUUCUGAAAUUGAUUUAUAUGCCGCUACUUUAUACUUCGUAUAGAUUUUUGAAUCUAGAGGUAGAUUUAGGAAGCUAGUUGUUUUAAUUCAAGCCCAUAGAUACUGAAAAAGAGAUGAGAAGCUUUUGGAGUAGUUGGUUCAUAUUAAAAAGCAGGUAAUUUUAGCAACAACAAUUAAAAAAAAAAGAAAGAAAGAAAGAAAGAAAGAAAGAAAAGCCAGGAUGCUCUGCGCUGCCACAGAAGACAACCUGGCUUAUUUUUGGCUCUUAUUCCAAAGGCCAGUAAAACAAGCACUGUGCCUAUAAGAGAUAGGAAAAAGCUGUCUUGAAUGAAAGUAACCCCACACUAUUAAAGAUUAUUGUAAUGGCGCUUCCAUCUUUGUCUUAGGCUACAAAUAUUGUGGCUGGAUUACUAGUUUUCCAAAUUAGGAUGGAGUGAAAAAUGGAACUCUCAAGUAUGUGAAGGAUCAUAAAGCAAAAUAAAGCAUUGUUAGUGGGAUUGAAGAGGAAUUUUAUACCGAAGCAAACUUAGAAAAAAAGUCAAUGUACAAAUUACUUUUCACAAAAGUAUUUUGCUUUGUUUUGUUGCAUUUUAGAUGAUUAAUUCUGCACCCACACCUCAAUCUUAUUUCUUCCUUGAAGUAACAGUGAGGUCCUCAUCCCUUAACAUUUGCUGACAGUGGAAAUUGAGCACUCUUUUGACUGCAAGAGAAGAUGCACUAGGAAGGAACAAAACUCUCCUUAGACUAUGAAUUAGCAAAGUAGAAAUUAAUGAAACUAACUGCAUGAUGAAUUAUUUGGUUUUUAAUUCCACCAUCUUUACCUUUAAUAUGGCAUCCCUAUUUACAUCUUUUUUUUUUUUUUUUAAUUGAAAUACAGUAUUUCUCUUAAAGGCAGGUUUUCUUUGAGUUGCUAUUUCCAAAGUUUUGCUAGAAAAGAAUCAGAGACAAAAUUGGAUCGAAAAACCGUCUCUGAAAAUGGCUAAGAAGUUUAGGGUCUCUAAAGUUCUGUGACAUGUAUCUUAUUCAUAUAUUGUCUAAAUGGAAUACUACUUUUUAAAAAAGCAAAUCUUACAAGCUGUCUUCCAAGUAAAUGCUUUCCAUAGGGAAAUAUAUUUUAAAUAUUAUUUAAAUAUUUACUACUAUUUAAAACGAUUUUAAAACAUAAAAGCUAAAACUAUGGUCAUAAAAUGUCAGUGUGUCAUCAGUCAUUUCUUAUUUUGUUGUCAACACUUGACAUUUGGUCUCUCUUACCCUGUUACACACCCUGUGCAUUACGCAAUGCACAUUCUGCCAUAUCUUAUUGUUUAAGCUAAUAUUAACAUGUCAUUGUUAACAAAUGCAUGUUUUCUGCAUAUCUACGUAUGGCAAAAAUGAGGCCAUUAUGCAUUCUUAGUCCAGAUUUUCAGGUGGUCCGUUAUACAAUGUAUGGAAAUGUGAAAAAGGACACAGUUUUGUACCAUUCAUGAUGUUAUUAACUAAACCCAUUAAAGUAAAAACCGUUUUUAAACAAAAAA